GCCGCUCAAUCCACAAGCGGCGGCACCGCGAACGGAGCGCAAUGACACCGAGAGGCGCGCGUCUCCUGCUGCUGCUUCUGAUGCGGCUCUCCGCUAGCCGAACACGCGCCGGAGGAAAACCCGACGAGGACCGGGACACGCGAGGCGACGCGGAGAGCGCGUGCGAGGUGAAGACCGUGACCGUGUCCACGCUGCCCGUGCUCCGCGAGAAUGAGUUCAGUUUUACCGGCGCGGGCUCCGGGAGUCUCUCCGGAGGGGAGUCCAGACUCCUCCUGUUCGUCCGAAGCGACCUGCCGGGUCGCAUCUCGGUUCUGGAUGAUCUGGACAACACCGCGCUGCCCUACUUCACCUUAGAGAUGUCAGGAACAGGUGUGGACAUCUCUCAAGUGCACUGGAAACAGCAGUGGCUGGAGAACGGGACGCUGUACUUUCACGUGUCCAUGAGCAGUUUGGAGCAGCUGUCGCAGGUCACGCAACCCCCCGUCCACGAGCCCCCGCGUGUGUUACACGAACACAUGCACCUGCUGCACAUCUCUGUGAUGGGUGGUCUGAUCGCUCUACUUCUCCUCAUUCUUCUCUUCACGCUGGUCCUGUACACCCGUCAGCGCUGGUGCAGACGCCGCCGGGCUCCUCAGAAGAGCGCCAGCACAGAAGCCACUCACGAGAUCCACUACAUCCCAUCUGUUCUGCUGGGACCUCCGCAGGGCAGGGAUAGUUUUCGUGGAUCCAGGCCCCUGCAGCACAGCUCGGUCAUCGGCGUGCCCAUCCGAGAGACGCCUAUCUUGGACGACUGCGACUGCGAGGAGGACGAGCAGCCCGGACACCUGCUGGAUGGGAAGGUUCAUUUGGAUGAUGACUUGUGCAGCCAGGGAACCCACAGCGUGGACAGUUUGGGGAAAGUGAUGGGAGAGUCCAAUCACAAACACUGUAUGGAUAACAGAGGGUUGGAUCAGGAUCAGGAGAGCGUUGAGGCUUUGAUGCAGAGGUUUAAGGACAGUUACAGGACCAACACUACAAUGGAAAUAACACACUUUCAAAACGUCAUACACAGCUCGUCCACCGGACGGAAGAGAGGACCGACUAACACAAGAGCCGGAGGAGGUGUGUUUGGUCAUCAGGGAGAUUCAGGAUCUGAGAUGGAUGAUGAUAAUCAGAUGAAGUUUUACACUGAACACAGAGGCCGCAGACGCAGCAGAGGCGGACCACACAGUCCCAUGAGUAAAGCCACAUUAACAUUGAUCACAGUCUGUACGUGUGUGGUGGCAGUCGUGUACGGCACACAGACUUCAUGUCCUCUAACUGUAAAGGUCACACUUCAUGUACCUGAACACUUCAUUGCUGAUGGCAGCAGUUUUGUUGUAAGCAUGGGAAGUUACCUGGAUGUUUCAAACUGGUUGAAUCCAGCAAAACUGACCCUGUACUAUCAGACGAACACAUCCACUCAAUGGGUACGAGACUACUGCGGUCAGAGGACCACCGAACCCUGCGAACAACUGUGUGAUCAAGAUACAGGUGAAUGCAGCUGUCUGGAGGGUUACGAGUCUGACCCGGAGCACGAGCAUCUGUGCGUUCGCACCGAUUGGGGUCGCAAUGAAGGUCCAUGGCCGUACUCGAACCUGGAGAGGGGUUACGAUCUCGUGACAGGUGAACAGGCACCUGAGAAGAUCUUCAGGUCAUCCUACAGUCUUGGUCAAGGCCUUUGGCUGCCAGUCAGUAAGAGCUUUGUGGUUCCUCCGGUUGAGCUGUCAAUCAAUCCUAUCGCCAGCUGUAAGACAGACGUGUUGGUUACUGAAGACCCAGGAGAAGUGAGGGAAGAGGCCAUCAUGUCUACAUACUUUGAGACGGUGGACGAUCUGUUGGCAUCAUUCGGACCGGCGAGGGAUUGUUCCAAAGACAACGGCGGAUGUCGGAAGAACUUCAAGUGCGUCACGGACCGACGGAUGGACUCCACCGGCUGCAUGUGCCCGGAAGGCUUGCGGCCCAUGAAGGAUGGUUCGGGUUGCUAUGACUACUCAUUGGGCACCGACUGUACAGACGGAUUCAAUGGAGGCUGCGAACAGUUGUGUCUUCAGCAGCUGGUACCUCUGCCCGAUGAUCCCACGUCCAGCAAUGUGCUGAUGUUCUGCGGGUGUGUACAGGAAUAUAAGCUGGCAGCUGACGGGCGUUCGUGUCUUUUGUUGGCCGAUCACUGUGAAGGUCCGAAGUGCUCGAGACAGGACACACGCUUCAAUGACACGCUCUUCAGUGAGAUGCUGCAUGGAUACAACAACAAAAGUCAGCAGGUUAAUCUGGGACAAGUCUUUCAAAUGACCUUCAGGGAUAAUAACUUCAUCAAGGAUUUUCCUCAGUUGGCUGAUGGACUGAUGGUAAUUCCUCUACCUGUUGAAGAACAAUGUCGAGGUGUUCUGUCUGAACCUCUGCCCAAUCUACAGAUGCUCUCAGGAGACGUCCAGUUCAGUGAAGCCACGGGAUAUCCCAUGAUGCAACAGUGGAGAGUUCGCAGUAACCUGUACAAGGUUAAACUUAGUGCGAUCACCCUGUCCACAGAUUUCUCAAAGGUGCUGAAGUCGCUGACACCGGACAGCACUCGAGACGAGCUGCUGGCGUUUAUUCAGCAGUACGGCAGUCACUACAUCUCUGAAGCUCUGUUUGGUUCUGAGCUCACCUGCAACAUCUACUUUCCCAGCAAGAAAGUCCAACAGCAGCUCUGGCUGCAGUACCAGAAAGAAGUCACAGAUCAGGGUGGCCGUCGGGACCUGAAAGCCGUGCCCUUCAUCAGCUAUCUGUCGGGCCUGCUGAAGACGCAGCUGCUGUCUGAUGACCUGGUUGCUGGCGUGGAGAUCCGAUGCCAGGAGAAGGGCAGCUGCCCGGCAGCCUGUCACCUGUGUAGGCAAACCGGCCGCGAGACACCCAGCCCGACUCCGGUCCUCCUGGAGGUCAGCCGUGUCGUACCCCUAUACAGCCUAGUGCAGGAUAACAUCACUAAAGAGGCCUUCAAAAGCGCAACGAUGAGCUCAUACUGGUGUGCGGGGAAGGGUGAUGUCAUCGAGAACUGGUGUCGCUGUGACCUGACUGCGCUCGGUAAAGACGGCCUACCCAACUGCAGCCCCCUGCGGCGGCCCGUAUUGAGACUUGCUCCUCACCUUGAGCCCUCCAGUACGAUGGUGGCACUGGAGUGGAUGGACGUGGAACCUCUGAUUGGCUACAAGGUUUCAGAUUACAUCAUUCAGCACAAGCGUGUGGAGGACCCAUCGGAGGCCGAAAUAUACACAGGAGAGGUUCUCAGUCUCAUGGAUGAUCUUUUCUCGGGCCUUGGCUCCUCGUGUGUGGUGGCGGGUCGAAGAAGCGGUGAACAUCCUCACACUACCAUCUACUCGCUGGUUUUCAAGUGCCUGGAGCCCGACAGCCUUUACAAGUUUACUCUGUAUGCUGUGGACAGCCGUGGCAGUCGAUCAGAUGCGAGUUUUGUGACGGUCCGCACGUCCUGUCCCAUGGUGGAUGACAGUAAGGCUGAAGAGAUCGCAGACAAAGUGUACAACCUUUACAACGGCUACACAAGUGGAAAAGAGCAGCAGACGGCAUAUAACACACUGAUGGAGAUCUCUCCUCCUCUUCUCUAUCGAGUACAGCAUCACUACAAUUCACACUAUGAGAAGUUUGGGGAUUUCGUGUGGAGAAGUGAAGAUGAGCUGGGACCCAGGAAGGCCCAUUUAAUCCUGAGACGAACAGAUCGGAUGAGUCUGUUCUGCAGAUCUCUGCUCCGCAGCGGUUUUAUCCAGAGCCAGACGGAGAACGUGUCGUACAUGUUGUGCCGCAGCGAGGACUCGCGGUCCGUCGGCACGUUAUGGCACAGUUCUCUUCACGAGAGUCGCCUGGUCUGUCUGGAGAAACUCAUAUCGGUGCAACGCAACAUUUACGGGAAGUCUAAACUGCGAUGAGACGAGGGGACGAUGGGACUCGACCUUCUCUGGCUCGGAUGUUUUUUAUUUUCUAAAUCCAAACGAAUGACUUUGAGACUAUAAGAAGUGUUUUCAAUCCAGAGAGGAAGGUUUUCUCACGAGGACGUCUGUAUGGAGACCGGUUGAUCGGUUUUUACGACCGAAUGUAAGAAUGUAACUGCAUGAUGGUGCUGCAGAACUCAAAACCAGGAAUUUAUUGACCCUUGGUUUUAAAACAUAUCUUUCGGGAAUACCUAGCCAAGACGAGGACAUGAUAGCUGGUCUGCCUUCUUUUCUAUUUAACCUUUUUUGACAUCCAUUCUGUACAUCUUUUGAUAUUUUUUUGCCACUAGUAAUAGAGUAAACUUUAAGGCUUUUAUCAUUGAGGCUCACAGAGAAAACUCCUGUCACACAUUUAAUAUCUGGGGCUGGUUGCAUAAACAUAGACUGUGUCUUAACCAACUAGCAAUUAGUUAGGGCUAAACAGUCUUACUUUUUGGAUUAAAAUGAGAUCAGUUUACAUUUUUAUGUAACUGACUUGAAUCAGUUUUGAAAAAAAAAAAAAGAAUGACUAACUUUAAGACUAGUCUAAAAAGUUUAUGCGACCGGCCACUGAUCCUGUCUGUCAAAUCCAGACUAAAGUCUCAUAAUCUAAACAUUUGAGUUCAAUCUUUGACACGAUCUUACUUUGUCAAUAUUAAAGAUAUCAAGAUUAUAUUUUCACAGAAUGUGCAUUAUGUAGGAUGCGAACACUAAAUGACAAAAACAUUACUUUAGCUGGGUUUUCACAGAUAGGUUCACAUGUCAUCUUUACUCAGACGAGAGAAAAACGUUCAGAACAGAAUUUUGUAAAUGAUUUUGUUGGACAAUUUGUGUCGCUGAAUAUAAAUUGGAGAAGCAGUAAGAGCAGUCAUUUGAUUAAUUCAUGCUAUAUUUAAUGUGAUAUUUCAUGAUACUAAUGUAAAUAGGAUUGUAAAUGGGGUAUGUAAUAAUAAGUCAAUAUGAUUGUUUUAUGGGAUGGGGUUGUGGGUCUAUUAAAUCUGUAUAUACAAUCUCAAGAAUCUGUUUUAAUAACGUGAAGAUCUCAAGCAAAUCUCACAAAAAACUAUUUCAGCUUAAAGGUGCGGUCAAACUACACUCUUAAUUUAAUUUACUUCCAUUCAGACUGGAAACGCAAGCUUAUGCGAAGGUAUUUCCAGCCUGAUCUUAUGAGAAUUCGUACAUAUUUAACAAGUUGGCUAAUUCACAUGAAAUGAAUCCUGCAAGAACUUACGAUUAUCUUAAAAAACAAUAAUGAAACCCCACCCCUAACCCCAACAUCACAGGGGUCAGGCAAAUCAUACAAAAAUAUAUACGAAUGUGGUUGUACGAAUUAAUACAAAUUAGCCACCUCGUAAAAUACGUACGAAGGGCCAUGAGAUAAGGUUGGCUGAUUCUCACGAAAUCCAGAUUUAGAAGGUGUCCAGCAUCAGAUUUUUUAAAAAGCCCGUGAAGCCAUUUUUUGCACAUAUAAGAUUAAGGUCUGAACUUACUAUAACCAUUAUUUUUAGGGGAUUUAAAAAUAUUUCCUAUAGAAUUAUUUAAAUUUUUUAGAUUAUCAUUAUCAAAAAUUAUCAUUACCGCAACAUGAUCUUACAUUAAAUAUAUGCACUAACAAACUCAUGUUUCGGUAAUGAGAACUAAAAAGUUGUCUAGGUACUAUGACAAACAAAAUUUUAACUUUUAUCUGGAGAAAAAAUAAGGAAUGCUUACCUGGUAGCCAUCUUGAGUGUCACAGUCAAUUAUGUCCCUUCAAACAAUUUCUUUUGAAAAUGUUAGUUCCUUGAGGGUUUACACAAUGAUUAAAAAUUGUUGCGGAGGAUGAGAAAAUUGGUCUUGGACACAUUUAUAUUUCUUAUUAUUGUCUCUACAUUUACCAAUGAUCACCAAAUACCACAUGUUUCUUUACUAUAAAUGUUUAUAGUAUAACAUGCACUGAAGCUUUUUAUUUUUUAAUUAUAAAUAUUUACUGUCAAAGAACCCAAAUCCAGUCAUGGGCACGUUGCGGUAAUGAACUUUUUCCCUUAAAUGUGAAAAAAA